AUGGCAGACUUAGACGCCGAACUACUCGCCCUAGCCGGAGAUGAUUCAUCAGAUGAGGAAACUUCCAUUCCAGCACAGAUAAAAGGCUCGGCUUCCCCACCACCCCCCUCCAAAGAAAGACAAACUGGUGAUGAAGAGGGUGAAAUGGCAUGCAAAGGAACAGCGAGGCCUGUGAAGCGUAGAAAGAGGGCGAAGGAUGAUGAAGAAGAGGAAGGUGAAUUGUCAUCCUCGUCCACUCGCUCUCGCAAGUCCCUCCACUCGGCCUCCAUGUCUGAAUCCGACAUCCAUGGAUCUCCGCCGCCAGGAGGUAAAAGAGGCCCGAUUUUCCCACAUGAAAAACUCUUUUAUUCUGCCAAAGACAAAGAGGACAUUCUGGCAAUGCCAGAAAUUCAGCGCGAAGAGCUGCUUUCGGAAAGAGCCCAGAUGGUUGAUCGCCACAAUCAAGACGUUGCUCUGAGACGACUUCUCGCUGUGCGCGAGCGGGACGAAGCAAGGGCUGCCGAGAAAAAAAAGCGUAAGGCCAGCGAUGACGGUCAGCGAAAGAGUUCUCGUCAGAAGACCACUCUAGGUGGUCGUAAGGUUGGUGAGGCUUCCGACGCGAUCGAAGCAUACAAACGUCAGCGAGAACAGAAAGGCAAACGCGACGAGCAGCGACGCCGUGAUGCCAGCUCUAAGAAGAAAGAUGAGCGUCCUGCUUCCGCUGAAGGUUCAGAUGUUGAUGCACACGGUGAGAGUGAAGUUGAAUGGGGUGAAGAAUCUGGUCACCUCUCCACGUCAUUUUCUAAGGAUGAUCUUCCCGCUGAACUUCGUGAUUUCGAACGAACGCGAGUUAGCCGCAGCAAUUUUGCCCAAUAUUGUUUCUACCCCAACUUCGAGAGGCUCAUGAUUGGUUGCACUGCGCGCAUUAACGUCGGACCUCACCCUGAAACUGGAGAACUUGUCUACCGUCUCUGCAUUAUUAAGGGUUUCGCAGAUGGCAAGCCAUAUGCAAUCGAAGGCUUAAACGGCAGGAAGUUUGUUACCAGGCAGUACGUGAUACUCGAGCAUGGAAACUCGAAGAAAGAUUUUCCGUUCAUUUUCUGCUCUGACGCUCCAUUUACCGAGUCAGAGUUUAACCGCUUCCGACAAACCAUGAUUGUGGAGGGGUUUAAGAUGCCGACUAAGGUUGCUUUGAAUAAGAAAGUCAAUGAUAUCCAUUACCUUAUCAACUACCAGCUUUCAAAGGACGAGUUGCAAGAGAAACUGAAGCGGCAAGGCACGCACGAUAAUAAAAUGGCUGUUUUCCAACGCAUUCAGCUGCAAAAGCGCCGCCAAGAAGCAGUCGCCUCAGGUAAUGAAGCCGCUAUUGCGGACUGCGAUGCCGAGAUUGCCCGUUUAUGUCCAAAGCUAGCAUUUGGCACAACACUUGUUGAGCCGAAGUCUACUGAGAAGACCCAGCAGGAGCGGCUUGCUGAUCUUAACCGCCGAAAUCAGAAGCUUAACACCGAGAAUGUACGAAAAGCCCAGCUAGAGGAACGACGAGCCGCCCGCAGACAGGAGGCUGCCGUUGCUCGUGGAGAGGCACUUCCUGACCGCUUUGCGCGUGUCAAGACUCGUGCACGAACUCAUUAUGAUACCAGCGGCAACGGACUUGUCCCAAGGAAAGAAAAUCGUGGCGAAGUUAGUGGCACGAUUACACCUCUCACUGCUGGUGGGAAUACCCCAAAUAAAGCCACACCUCCCUGCAUUGUUACUCCCGUGGCUCUCGUCAAGGACACGAAGCCACAAACUGGAAUCCCGAAAAUUCGUUAUGCUCCAAAUGCAGACGAAAUUCUUGCCGCCUCUCUAGAUUUCGAAAUUGAUAUUGAUAUUUAA